AUGCAUCAUCACGCCACUCAUGCAUCAUCACGCCACUCAUGCAUCAUCACGCCACUCAUGCAUCAUCACGCCCCUCAUGCAUCAUCGCGCCACUCAUGCAUCAUCACGCCCCUCAUGCAUCAUCACGCCCCUCAUGCAUCAUCACGCCCCUCUCUGCUGCACCCCAAACCCAUGAAUUCUUUCUGCCCCCUUGUCUUUGUCCCGCCACGCCUCUUCUGCUCUCCAAUCACUCUUGCCACUGCUUGUCCCCUCUCUGCUCUCCAAUCACUCUUGCCACUGCUUGUCCCCUCUCUGCUCUCCAAUCACUCUUGCCACUGCUUGUCCCCUCUCUGCUCUCCAAUCACUCUUGCCACUGCUUGUCCCCUCUCUGCUCUCCAAUCACUCUUGCCACUGCUUGUCCCCUCUCUGCUCUCUGCACACAGAUUCCUGCCUCUCUGCCUCGACACCUGCUUGCGCUUGCUGCAACAAGGGGCGGACAGAGACGCCGCCGUGCUACAACAGGUGGUGGAGAGUGUGGCGCAGAUGGUGAAGCACCUGCGCCACUACCUCACACCUCACAUCGUCACUCUCCUCAAAAUGACCAAGGCACUGCGGUUCUACCCGGCAGACUAUGUGCGCGAGCUGGUGGCGCACAGCCUCGCCUUCGUGCUGCGCACUGCCCCGCCCAAACAGAUGGCCCGAGGGGUGCGGUGGGUACUAGCGGAGGCUCGGGCGGUGGUGAGUGAGGAGAGGGAGAGCGGGGUGGCGCUGCUGCUGGCCAAUGCAGCCAAGGGGCCCGCGCACUCGCUGCACUCCAAGGCCGCGCCCCUGCUUCUGCGCCUGCUGCUGCUGCCCUCCUCCCUGCGCCCCCCGGCGCUGCUGCUGCUGCAGGGCCAGCGAGCUGCUGAUGCUGCUGACGUGGCACUGACAGUUGUCACCCGUGUGAUACGCCUGCUUGCCGCCCACCUCACCCCCGCCACCGCUGCCCCUCUGCUCACCCUACUCCUCACAAGCGCCUCGCAAGCAGUGCAGGGGCGGCGGGAUGGGUGCAAGGGAGGCGUGGGUGGGGAGGAUGAGGGCAAAGGAGAGGAGCAAGGGGAUGGGGAAGAGGGCGAGGAGGGACCCGAAGGGAAGGAGGGUGGUGGGGGUGGGGGCGGGGGGCGGUGGGAGGAGGCGCGGCGGAUAGCAGACGUGGUUCACUUGCUGAAUGCAGCGCUGCAGCACCGGCGAGGCAUGCUUGUCACCCACCUCUCCCCCUUCGUCUCUCUCUCCCUCUCCCUCGCCUCCCACCCCCUCCUCCUUGAGUCCCUCCGUUCCUCCUCCCCCUUGCCCCACCUCUCCGCCACUCCCUGCUCCCAGCAGCAGCACGCAGGGGUGGAGGGGGAGGCGGGGGAGGAGGUGGGGAGAGCAGCAGGAGCAGCAGGGGAUGCACCGGAGGGCGAGGGGGCAGCAGGGGAAGGAGCAGGAGAGGGGGGGAGUGAGGUGCAGGGUGAUUUGGUGAGGGAGGUGAUGCUGCUGCUGCUGGGGGUGAUGAGGAGGGAGCGGAGGAGGAGGGCAGGCCAGGUAGGGGAGGGGCAGGAGUGGGGAGGCGAGGGCGAGGAGGGCGAGGCGGGGGAGGAGAUAGCGCGGGCGGUGCCGCGGUGGGAGGUGCUGUUUGAUUGUAGCAAUGACACCCUGCUGCCUGACCCUGUCUCCGCAUUAAACCGCCUGGCUGCAUCACACUCCGCCCCCGUGCUGCUCAUCUUCCUGGAGCUUGCGGAGAAGCUUCCUGACUGCCAUGCUGCCUCCACACUGCACCAGGGUGGCAGGGGCGGGGAGGGCAAGGCGAGGGGAGGGCUGCAGCAGCUGGUGGGAGGACUGGUGGAGGGCGGGGUGGAGGGAGAGGGGGAGGAAGAGGAGAAAGGAGGGGGGAGAGGGGAGGAGGGAGUGGGUGAGAAGCUUGGUGCGUCCCUUGAUUUAGAGAGUGGUGAGGGGCGAGAAGAAGAGGUGGGCGAGGGGGGAGAGAAGGGGGGGGUGCGCAAGAGGAGGAAGGGGCAGCAAGGCGAGGAGAGCAGUGAGAGGGCAGCAGCUGCUGCCCCCCUCCCUGCUCUUGUUGCAUCCACGGACUCACACCAAGGCCAGCAGCAACAGCAGCAGCAACAGCAGCAGCAGGAGGGGGCGAGGGGGGCAUGGGAGGGAGUGCUGGCAGCAGCGCUGGAGACCCACUCCCUGCUGCUCUCCUCGCACUCUGCCGCCCACCUGCCCCGCCACCUGCCGCUUUAUCUCUCUGCCGCCCGCCACCACUGCCGCUCGCUGCCCAUCCUUUCCGCCGUUGCUCUCUUCCUCCAAGCCUUCCCCAGGGCUCAAGUGGGUGACACGUCAGCAUCUCUGCCCGCCUUCCCACCUGAGUUGACAGCCAACCACAUGCUUGCAAUGCUCGAGGCACUACAGGACAACUUCUGCCACCCAGCACGUGAAAUGCGGGUGGCAUCGUUGCGCAUUAUCUGUCACUUCUCCCCCCUGCUUGUGCGGGUGUUUCACCAGAUGGAAGAACUGGAGUCAGCCCCCUACGACCUGCAGAUGGGCCGGCAUGCUGCCACAGCAUUGGCUGCCCUCGCGGCUCAUGCCACGUCAGCACGGCUGCCAAACCAGCUGCUGCCAGCUGUCACUCGCUGUGUGCUGGGUCUGCUGCACUCCAAGUUUGCGAUGAUGUGGCAGCCUGCCAUUGGCUGCCUUGCAGCGCUUCUUUCUGCCCACCCCUCUUCCACCUGGCCCGUGGUGUGGCGGGAGCUGCACCACCUGCAAGGAAGCUUCCUCCUAACUGCAGCUGGUGCGCCUGCAGAGUCAGGCGGUGGGGCACAAGGGGAAGGGCAAGGGGAGGAAGGAGGGGAGGGCGGAGAGGAGGAGGAGGGGGAGCAUGAGGAUGGGGAGGAUGGCAGCGACAGUGCUGCAGCAGGCAUCACGACUCUCUUCCAGCGCUCUGCCAUGGCAGUGCCCUCAGGAGCCCCCCCCUCAGCAGUGCUCUCAUCGUUGCUGCGCGCCCUCAGGCAGGCGGCAGCAGUGGCCGCCACGCGCCUCUCCCCUGCACCCCCACCGCCUCCAUCUGUGGGCACUUCUCUUGCGCCGCGUGUGGGCACCUCUGCUGCUGACCUGGCGAGUGGGCAGCAGAGGCGUGGCAUGGCGGGGCAGCAGCUGGCGGUGCUCUUCCUGGCGUUCGUGGGCGACUCCGAUGACUGCCUGUACGCCCCUCUCUUUCUUCCCUGCCUUGCCCCAUACGCCACCCCUUGCUCCACUCCUUUGCCCCCUCAACUCAUCUCCCUUUCCUCUACCCACACCCCCGCUGCUCCCCUCAGGCGGAGAGCGCAUACAGGACAAGUGGAGAUGAUACAAGGGGGCGCGGAUGGGGCAGGCAGGGAGGAGGGCGAGGAGGCGGAGGAGGGGGUGGUGGUGAACAGAGCGAUGGUGAGGGGCAAGCAGUGGCACGUGGUGCUCUCUGAUUGGCUGGAGCUGCUGAAGCGCAUUGAGCUGACAGUGUGUGGCCCCAAGGGAGAAUCACUCAAGCAUGUCAUCAUCGACAGGUUUCUCGUGCAUCCAGACCCGGCAGUGCAGCAGCUGGCGCUGGACUGUCUGGUGGCGUGGCGCCACGGCUGUCUGCCAAAGUACGCCGCCCGCCUCGCCGCCCUCGCCUCCUACCGCUCGCUCAAGGAGACCCUCACCACGUGGAAUAUCAGCCCCGUGGAUGAGGAGGGGGAGGGGGAAGAGGAGGAGGAGGGGAGGGUGGCGGAGGCGGACAGGGCGAGUGUGAUUCCGGUGAUCAUUCGGCUGCUGCUGCCCAAACUCAAGAAGAGGAGCGGGCAGCUCGCAGGGAAGGCGGCAGCAGGAGUGCAGCGAGGCACAGUGCUGACGUUCCUGGCGCGCCUACCCCCCUCUGAGCUGCUGCCGCUCUUCCACCUCAUGCUGCUGCCCUUCCGCCCCGCCCUCCGCCCCGUGCACCAAGCGGGAGAAGCAACACAAGGAGAGGCAGGCGAGGAGGCGUGGCAGCAGGCACUGAGGCAAGGGGCUACGGAGGAAUUCCUGCUGCUGCUGGGGGAUGAGGGGGAUGAGGGAGAGGGAGGAGCGGUGGGGGUGGAGGGGGAGGAAGGGGGAGCGGGAGCGGGAGCGGGAGCGGGAGCGGGCGUGGGGAUGGUGGGGCGCAAGCGAGUGAGUGGGUUUCUGCACCUGGCGGUGGACGUGGUGCGCGUGAUGAGCCGGCAGCAGCUGCAGCCGUAUGUGUUGGCGCUGCUGGCCGUGGCUGUGCGCACCGUGCAGUGCUACCCGCCGCUGCCUCCCACUGCUGGCGGUGAGGGGCGCGUGGAGGAGAUGAGGGAUGGGGAGGUGGGAGAAGGAGUGCAAGGGAAGGAGAAGGAGAUGGUUGAAGAGGAAGGGGAUGGAAAAGAAGUGGAAGAGGAGUUUGAGGAGGAGGAGCGGGCUGAGGAAGAGGAGGCAGAGGAGGAGAAGGCAAAGGAGCUUGAAGGGGGGGAAGGGCAGAGAGCAGUGGAGGGUGCGGAUGCUGCUGCUGCUGAGGGCCCUGAUGAUGCAGACAAGGAUGGGCACAAGGAGGUGGCAGAUGAUGCACCUGAUGACAACGAUGAUGGUGAGGACGAUGAUCAUGAGGGUACCAACACCACCCACUCCCUCUCCCCACACGUGCCCAGCUGGACUCGGGACCUCCGUUCACUCGCCCUGCGUGUGCUCGCCGCCAUCCUCGCCAAGUUCCCCGACAUCGCCACCCGCCCCUCCCUGCCCGCCCCCCUGCGCCCCUGGCCGCUGCUGCUCUCCGCCCUCUCCCCCGCCCUCACCCACCUCGCCACCGACAACGCUGCUUCCUCCGAACCUUCCGUGCUGCUCGCGCUGCUGCUCGCCCUCUCUCGCUCACCUCGCCUCGCACUGCUGCUGGCCUCACACCUGCAUGCUCUGCCUGCGCUCUCUGCGCUGCUCUCCGCGCCCUCUGCGCGCCUGCCUGUGGUGGGUGCAGCCAUGGGGGUUCUCUCUCACGUGGUGGCGUGGGGCGUGGUGGAGAGAGAGGAGGGCGAGGAGGGCGAGGUGGAGGGGGAGGUGGUGCUGCAGUGGGAGCAGGCGGGGGGAGAGAUGGGAGGGGAGGUGGAGGGGGUGCGGGUGGCGAUAGGGAAGGCCGUGGAGGGGCAUUUGGCGGCCAUCCUGCCACACAUGCAGCAGUUCAUCGCGAGGCAGGGAGCACUCUAUAGCAAGGGGGCGGGGAGGGCGUUGAAGGCAUCAGCACUGGCGGUGGUGGGGCGGAUGGCGGGCAUGGUGACACACGCACACCUGGCAGGCCAGCUCGCAGCAGCCCUAACGCCCUUUCUCAGGCAGGCGGCGGGGGGCAGGCGGCGAGUGGAUGAGAGCACCACAGCGGCCGUACUGGCGGUGCUGCAGAGCCUGGCGCCGCUGCUGUCCCGGGCUGCUGCAGCCACGUGUGUGCGGCUCUUCGCCCCGCUGCUCACCCACCUGCAGUCAAGGCCGGCUCGCCUGGCCCUCGUGCACACGCUCUCUGCACUCGCUGCUGCCCACCCCUCAGACUCCAUGCGUCUCCUGGCGUCACUAGUGGCGGACCUGUGUGCAUACGACCCGGCCCGCAUAGACGAGUACGACUACACGCGCCGCCUGCACGCCUACACCUCCAUGCACUGCCACCUUCCCACUCCUCCUGCAGCUGCUGACACCACCUCCACCGCUCUGCACCUCUCUGCAGAGCAGGUGCAGCAGCAGGUGGUGGUGGCGGUGGGGCGGGAGGGGUGUCUGCUGCUGCUGAGCUGUGCGGUGCGGGACAUGGCGGACGAUGACAUGUCGCUGCGCCACUCCGCCGCCCACUUCCUGCAGUCCUUCGUUCGCCUUGCUGCUGCGCUCGCUGCUCUCCCUGCUGAAUCUGGUGCCACUGCUGGUGCGAGGAAGGGCAGGGAGGGGGAGGAGGGGGGUGUGUUGAGUGGGAGGGAGGCGCGGGAGGUGGUGAAUGCAGUGAUGCUGCGCCACAUAAAAAAGGGCCUCCACUCGCCCAUCGUCGUCGUGCGCAGGGAGUGGGUGCUGUUGCUGCGUGACGUGGCGCUGCACAUGGGUGCCACGUCACCAGUGGCGGAGCUGAGGUGUCUGGUGAGGGAGGAUGACGUGGAGGCGGAUUUCUUCCACAAUCUCGUGCAUCUGCAGACUCACCGCCGCGUGCGAGCGCUCUCCAAGUUCGCCGCCCUCUGCCCCACCGCGCACUUCUCUACGCGCUGCACCAACACCACACUGUGUCCACCCCGCAGCAAGCUUUCCCUCUCACCGCCACCACCACCCCUCCUGCACUGCUCUGCUUUCUCCCAUGCAUCGUUCUCCCCCUUUCCCACCCCACCUUCGUCCCACACCUUCCCCCACCACCAGGAGGUGCUACUGGAUGCGGUGGUGCCAGCGCUACUGAGGCAGUUGGUGGAGGGGCGGCCGGACAGUGAGAGCGGUGUGAUCGACGCCACCAUCGCUGCCCUCUCCGCCAUGGCCGCCCUCCUGCCCUGGCCCGCCUUCCACUCCCUGCUCUCCCGCCUGCUCGCCCUGCUGCCGCGGCGCAAGGAGAAGGGCGAGCAGUGGUGGGAGGAGAGUAAGGGCAGGGGUGGAGGGAGGGGCGGUGAGGAGGUGAGUGCGGCGGGGCAGCGGGCGAUUCUGAGGGCCAUCUGUGGCGUGCUGGAGCAGGUCAAGCACGUGGUGGGGGUGGGGGGACGGGAGGAGAAGGGCGAAGGGGAGGAAGAGAAGGGUGAGAAGGAGGGUGUGGAUUGGAAGGAGGGUGGAGAAGAAGGUGUGAAGGAUGGCGGUGAGGCGAAGGAGAUUGCUGAUAAGGAGAGCGAGGGAGGGAAGGAGGAGAGCAGGCAAGUCACAGCAGCAGAGGCAGGGAAGGAGGAGGCAGGGGCAGCAGUGUCGCUGCGCAUCCAGCAGGUGUUGCUGAAGGACAUUAUCCCUCAGCUGUCCAAGCACCUCGUGGCAGGCGAGGCGGGGCGAGAGGAGGUGAACUCGCACGUGGCACUGGCUGUGACGCGCACGCUGCUGCUGCUGCCGCCGGAUGCCAUCCGCGCGCACCUCCCCGUGCUCCUGCAGACCGUCGUCAACCCCCUCAAGUCCCGCUCGCAAGGAACGAGAGACGCCGCCCGGGCAGCACUCUGCCAGGUGGCGGGGGCGCUGGGUCCGGCCUACCUGGGGUACGUGAUCGGCGUGUUACGCAGCGCGCUCACGCGCGGGUUCGAGCGGCACGUGUUGGGCUUCACACUGCACGCGCUGCUGCUGCACGCUGCCUCCACGCACGACCGCACCAUGCCCCCUGGCGCUCUGGACUACUGUCUGGGCGAGUGCUUGGCAGUGGCAGUGGAGGGGCUGCUGGGGCAGGUGGCGGAGGAGAGGGAGGUGGAUGCUGUGGCAGCGGGCGUGCGGGAGAAGCGGCAGAGCCGGUCACUGGAGACGGUGCGCAUCGCUGCAUCGCUCGUGAACGUGCGUCGCAGCACGGCUCUGCUGCUCGCCCCCAUCCGUGCCGCCUUGCCUGCAUCGCUGGAUCCACGGGUGAAGCGGCACGUGCAGGAGAUGGUAAGACAUAUGGCUAUCGGGCUGCUAGCCAAUCAGCACGCGACAGCUGGCGACCUGCUGGUGCUGGUGCACGCGGUGCUGUGGGAGGGCGUGCGCGUGGAACAGGCGCACGCGGCGGCAGCGGGCGAUCGGAAGCGACUGCGUGCUGAGGCGCGGGAGGGGAAGGGCGGAGGGGAAGGGAGGGGGGAGGAAGGGGGGAUGGAGGGGGAAUUGGGAGAGGAGGGUGGGAUGGAAGGGGAGGAAGCGGAGGGCAAGAGGGGCCGAGGAAGACGGAAGAAGCAGAAGGGGUUGGGGUUUGAGGGGAUGCCGAACGGGCAUGUGGUGGCGCUGCUGGGGCUGCAGCUGCUGCUCUCCCUCGCCUCGCACGACCGCCUGCCCGCCUCCGACCCCGCCCUCACCCCGCGCCUCAACGCCCUCGUGCACCCACUCUCCCUCACCCUCUCCUCGCCCCACGACGCCGUCCUCGCCGCAUCCUUCCGCGCGCUCGCCUUCCUCCUCCACCGCCGCCUCCCCUCCGUCGCCACCGUCGCGCCCCGCGUCGCCACGUCAGCGUUCAAGGUGGUGCAGCAGGCGGGGCGGGCGGCGGCGGUGGCGGGCGGCAUGGUGCACUCGUGUCUGAAGCUCCUAGCGGUGCUGCUAGAGCGAUGCCCCGAGGUGAGGGUGGGCGAGGAGCAGGUGCGGGCGCUGCUGGGCAGUGCUGUCUUCACAGACCUCGAGCUGCCCUCCACUCGCACCACCGCCUUUGCUGUCCUGCGAGCGCUGCUGCGGCGGCGGGUGGUGGUACCAGAGGUGUAUGACGCCAUGGGGCGCGUGCAGCUGCUGCUGCUGCGCUCCCACACGCCCUCCGUGCGUCAACUCAGCGCCGCGCUGCUGCUCGCGUUCCUUCUCGACUACCCGCUGGGUCCCGCGCGCCUGGAGGCGCAUCUGAGCUUCCUCAUAGUGAAUUUGAAGUACGAGCACCAGAGCGGGCGGGAGGCCGUGCUGGGCAUGCUGCGCGCCAUCAUAGAGGGAUUCCCCUCCGUGCUUGUCGAGGCCCACGCUGAUACCUUCUUCCUGCCGCUCGUCACGCGCCUAGUCAGCGAUGAGUCAGCGCGGGUGGCAGCGGUGCUCAAGGCGCUGUUCGUGCGAGUCAAGCCGCCCACAUGCGCCCGCCUGCUGCGCUUCGCGUCUGCGUGGCUGGUGGAUCCGUCCCCCCAGCUGCAGCAGGCGGCAGCGCUGGUGCUGGGAGUGGCGGUGGAGGCGGUGGGGGUGGGCGGCGAGCAGGGCGGCAUGGUGGGCGUGUGGAUGGGCGCUGCUGUGCGGAUUGUGCAGCGAGCGCAGGGAGGGGAGGAGGGGGGAGUGGAGGGGUGGAAGGGCGUGUACGCGUGUGUGGUGCUGGCUGAGAAGGUGCUGCAGCGGGAGGGCGGGCAGGCGCACAGCAGCAGCAUGCGAGCGCUGUGGCGACAGCUGCCGGCGCUGCUGCUGCACCGCCACCUCUGGGUGCGUGCCGCUGCCUGCCGCCUCUUGGGGGCGUACCUCUCCCAUGCCACCACUGCCGCUGCAUCCGCCGCUGCUGGUGGUGGUGGGAGCAAGGGUGUGUGUGGGCACGAGGAGGAGGGUCUGAAGGCUGUGGUGAGGGAGCUGGUGGAGAGGGGCGAGCAGGAUGAGGGGGAGAACGAGGAGGAGCAGGAGGGUGAGGGGCGGGGGGCAGGGGUGGCAGUGUGGCAGGUGCUGCUGCAGCCGUCGUACUUGGUGGUGGUGGCGGGGGCGCUGUGCCGUGUGCUGGAGAGCAACGCGAGCGAUGAGCGCCUGGCACAGCACACCGUGAAGAACCUCGUUGCCCUCGCUCCCCUCCUGCCCCUCCUGCCUUGCCGCGCUGCUACUGGCGCUGCUGGUGGUGGGAUGAGGAAGGGAAGGGAGAAGGUAUCGGGGUUGGUGGUGGAGCUAGAUGGGUGUGAGAUAGGGCGGGAGGGCAGGGGGCGGCUGAAACUGGGGUGGCAAUUGCUGAGAGUGCGGAGGAGAGAGGGAGAGGGGACUGGGGAUGGCAGUGGUGGCGAGGAGGACGAGGAGGAGGAGGAAGAGGAGGAGGAGGUGUUGGGAGAAGCAGAGGGAGGGGUGGAAGGUGGAAUUGAGGAGGAGGAGAAAGCAGAGGAGGAAGAGGAAGAAGAGAAGGGCGAUGAGGAAGCAUACCUUCUAGACUUUGGGGAGGGCAGUGGUGUUGGUGAUGCUGAUGCUGGUGCUGCUGCUGCUGAUGCUGAUGCCGAUCCUGGUGCUGAUGCCGAUGCUGAUGCUGAUGCUGAUAUGGAAGCGACAGGUGCAGGGGGUGGGGCCGUCAUGUUGGGUGAACCAGUAGGGGAGGGCAGUGGGGAGGCAGGGGAUGGGGAUGAGGCAGAGGAGAGGCAGCAGAGCGAUGGGGAGGAGGGCGGUGCAGAGGAGCAGGUGGAUGGGGAGGGGCAACCGGAUGGGGGCCUCGUGGCAUCAAGGGAGGGGGGAAGUGAGGAGGCGGUGCGGCACAUAGCGCUGGGGGCGGUGAUGAAGGCGGUGGCACGUGUGGCAUACAGAGUCAAGCCCAUUCAGACGGCAGCAGCGCUGCGGUGUGUGGCGGCGCUGGCGACAGCGCUGGGAGGGGAGGGGGUGCGGCCGUACCUGGGGGACGUCAUGCUGCCGCUCUUCCGCCUCUCACAGGGCUCUGCAGGCGCCGUUGUCCCACGUGAGCCCCCCUCCACACCUCUGCAUCCCUCUGUGCCCCUUUGGAACCCUGGUGCCAUUCUCUCUGCUCGUGGCAAUGCUGCUGCUGUGAGAAGCGCAUGGCUGGCAGUCUCUCCUUCUGCUUGCUCGCCCUGCAUGCCGUGUUGGACCACUGCUUUUGCUCACUCAACCACCCGUCCUCGCUAUUUCAUUCCUCAUCUUCAUCCCUCCUCCCUCCUCCCCUGUAACAUUUUUCAACCCCACCCCCCCUCCUCCCGCAACCUGCUCCCCCUGUUCGCACCAAGCAGCGGAGGUGCAGGGCGUGGUGGCGGAGGUGGUGGAGCAUGUGCGCCACGAGGUGGGCCCCGCCGCCUUCAUCGCCGCCUUCUCCGCCGCCCGCGACACCGCCAGGAGGCGGGCGGCAGCCAGGCGGGAGGCGGCGCGGGUGAGCGUGCUGGUGGACCCCGAGAGGCACGCUCGCAGACGGGCGAGUCUGGCGCGCAAGCGAGGCGAGUACAAGAAGAGGAAGAACCAGCAGCACCGACACAGCAAGAUGCGGUGAUGGCUGGAGGGAGGGGCGAUGCUGUGGGCAUGGCCACAUGCACGCCUCUGCAAGGGGCAGCUCUUUAG